GUAAAACUGAAAAUAAAAAAAGUGAUUGACAUUUCAGAAUUGUUAGCACUGAUAAAUUUUAUUAGAAAUCCUAUUUGAAUAUAAAAAAAUCGUAUCUUAUAACUUAUUUACUUUUCAACUUACAAUUAUAUCUACAAACAAAAACCCUUUACAGGUGUAUAAAAUGAUUUCUAUGCAGUUAUAAUAGAUACUUAGCUCAAUAUAAGUGGAACAUAAAUAGAUUUUGGGGACAACUGUAUAUAAAAGUUUGAUAAAUGUGUGAGCGUUACCCAGGAUACCUGUUCGGGGGGACUCCGGUCAGCAGUUGGGAUAGAAGCUUUAAUUCACUAGAAAAUCAAAUCCAACAGCAAUAUAGAGGUCGAGUGGGCGGUGGAGUCCGUUGUUGGGGCAGCAUGUCUGAGGGAGGUGGUAUAUCCUCCGCUGGGGGGGACACGGCGAAGACGAACCUCAUCGUCAACUACUUGCCACAGACGAUGACAGAGAAGGACCUAUACGCCAUGUUUAUGACCAUCGGGCCGAUUGAAAGCUGUCGUGUUAUGAAGGAUUUUAAGACUGGUUAUAGUUACGGCUUUGGAUUUGUUAAUUUCACAAGGGAAGAGGACGCGGCGAGAGCAAUCGAUACGUUCAACGGUUACCAGCUCAGGAAUAAACGGUUAAAGGUUUCCUACGCUCGUCCUUCAGGCGAAGAUAUAAAGGACACGAAUCUAUACGUAACGAAUCUCCCUCGUGCCAUAACCGAGGAACAGCUGGAGACGAUAUUCGGCAAGUACGGACGUAUAGUGCAGAAACACAUUCUAAGGGACAAGAGUAAUGGCACGCCGAGGGGUGUCGCAUUUGUAAGGUUCGAUAAACGAGAAGAAGCCCAAGAGGCAAUAGCGGCGCUAAACAAUGUUAUACCAGAAGGUGGUACGGAACCGCUAAGUGUUAAGGUGGCGGAAGAGCAUGGUAAACAAAAAGCUGCUUAUUAUGCUGGAUGGGCGGCGGGCUUCCACCACAAUCGAGGUGAGACGGAUAAAGGUGACUUUGCAUGGAGCUGCGGCAACUGUAUGAUGCCGGAAACGUGGGAAGGGUAUACCACCCCACCUUUAUCAGGAAGCCAUCCAAACACGCCUAGAAACGGUUGCAGACCAGGCGCCUGCGCGAACCAAAGGAUGGGGUAUCCCCAAAAUCACCCCGGAAAACCCGCUCCGAGGUCAGGUCGAGGUAGGAAUCUGCCUUGGGGUCAAGGACUUGGCGGUGAUGAGAGGUUUAAGGUGCAGCGGUGUAGAAACGGCACUGCGCCAUAUUGGUAGGAUGUAUUGAAUAUACGUGUGUGUGCGCGAUCUGAUCUCAUGCUGUAAAUAGUCAUAUUGAGGAGAUCGGAGUGAUAAGUAGUGAUAUUUAUAAGUGCUUCUGAUAUUUCAUUUUCUUAAAUAAUUGUAGAAGUUUGAAGACCGAAAAAGUCAAAUAAAACUAUAAAAAAAAAAAAAACAUAAACGACUAUUGUCAACUGAGAAACGAUAUAACGAUUCUCCGAAUUUGAAUCGUAAUGCCUUAUAUUAUUUUUAUUAAAACACAAAAUAUAAUAAUUACACUCGCCUUAGUUAAAGCAUUGAUCCUCAUUAAGAGGUUUUGAGUUUGAAUCGACAAAUGGUGGGGAAAUAAAUGUAAUGAUUAGGAAUGACUGACUGAUCUUGAAACUUUGUACGACCUUAAUAAAUGCAAUUAAAUUAUAUCCUAAAAUUACUUAUAGAAUAAUGAUUAUUAAUGUAAUAAAUCAAAAAGGCUUUUGAACUUUAUUAAGACAUAAUAGUAAAUAAUAUUCCUAAAAUCAAUGAAUUUCACGUAAAUAUAAUUUUCAUGGUUCGUUGCAGCUUGGACGUAUAGCCUAUUCCAAUUAAAGUAACUCCAUUCCAAAGUUCCGAUAACAACUUCGCCGACAUUCAAAACGUCAUUUUUUCACGAAUCCUUUAUGGAUACCAUAGAUUUUUCAAGAUCUUGAAUUAUAAGUUUUUGUAUGUAACUGCGAUUGGAAUAGGCUUUGUUUAGUUAAGCGUACGUAUAUGCUUAAACCAUACAACGGAGUUAAUGAGUAUUACCACGAUACGUUCGUAUAUGUAUAAGAGGAUUAUAUACUGUGUGGUAUAUAAGGUGACUUUUUUGUUAUUUUUAUUUGACGAAUUGUUUAUUUCUAUUGUAUUAUUAUAAUAAAAAUAGCAGAUUUUGCUGAAUGUCUCUUACAGAGACCUCAAACAGUCAGAUUAAAUAUUUAUUUAUUUAAAAUAUUUGUGGUAGAUCUCCAAAUAUUAUUAUUAGGAGAAGCCAUUUCUCAUGCAGUGGGAUAUUUAUUGGCAGUUGCUGUUUUUUUUUAUGUAACUUUGCAAUAAAGCAAAACUGACACAUUGUUUUUUAUAAUGCAUCUUGUGCUUGGCAUAUCCUUAACAUCCUGAAGGAAUGUACAUUUUAAUAAAAAACUGACUGUAUGGUUUUUUUUUUAAUUUGUAAAAGAUAUAAUAGAAAUGUAUUUUUUACAGAUGUUAGGAAUUUUUCAGUUAUCUUGUCUUACCUUUAUCUCUUUAUAAUGAGAUAAAAGUGAUUUAAAUAAUUGAUAAGUAAUACAAAAUUACUUGUUUUCACAUAUACUUUAUUUACAAUUAAAUUUAACCCUUAAUGAAAUUCAACUUUAGGUAUAUCCUAUACUGAUAAAUGAGUUUUUUUUUUUGUAAUGGGCAAUUGAAAAAACGACAACCCCAAUAUACAUAAAAGUUAUACCAGAAGAUGCAGCGCGUUUCGGAAAAGUGUUUAGCAUAUAUUGUAAAUAAAGUUAGCUGCGCUUUAAAUUGCAAGCGUGAGUUUAUUUGUCCUUUCAUACUAAUGAGGAGACAUUAAAAAUUCUAUUAAAAGUCUACUACAGUACAUAAAAUGAGUUUGAAUAAGAAACGCUGUGAUUGUUAUUGACAUUAGUGGGGGUUGCCUGUUAAAAUAAUUCUACAAUUUCUUUAUUGAAAUGUUUAUUUAACGUGUAAAAUCUUAGCUAUUGGUUAGCGGCUUUAGGUUGGAUUUUACGUGUACAACGGGAAAUGUAUAGCAAGUUGGGAAAAAAACGUUGGCAAUUUUCUAUAAUUAUAAUAAAUUUAGCCUAAAUAAUACACGUAAUUGUUAACGAUAUUGUGUAGUAUGCGUGUCCAUUAAAUUAGUUGGCAACUUUUGUGUGCAAUUAUUUAGGGUGUAACUAACAAUGAUAUAUCAUUUUAUCAUGACUUUGUUGACAGCACAAAAGUUGCCAACUUUUCGUUUAGGACGUUGCACUUGGGACUCGUUUAAUUUUUUCUUGGAAUGAAUUUCACUGCAUUUUUGUUUUAAAUGUUUAAUUAAGUUUUGUCCUUAUUUUAAUCUUUUCUUCCUUGACUAAAGUUUUUUUUUUAUUCAUAGAAUGUAUGUUUUAGUUGUAUUUAUAUAUUUUUUUUGUCUCUCUCUACUUGAUGUAGAAACGUGUAAAGAUUUUUAUUGCUCGUUUUUGUUGGGUAAGUCUAUUUGUAAAAUAUAGAAAAACGAAAACAUGUUGGUUUUUAAUAAAAUAAUGAUUGAAAA